CUUUCAUUGGUAGUGUUCACAUUGAUCAGCCAAACAAGACAAUGCGCUUCCUCAUCCGAGUUUUCAUUUUACUUUCCUUUGGGUGCAUUUCUCUCCUGUGGUUUCUCUGGAGACGCACACCACUGAUCCAAGAUAACCUGAGUAUGAAGGAGGAAAGAGCAAACUCAGCACUGACAUUUGACACUUUUUUGCAUGUUCAGCAGCUCAGGAAAAAGACACUGAGGUCCUUCUGCAAUAAACAUGGCAAAACCAACCAACUUCCUCAUACCCAGCAAAAGGCUUCCCAGACACUAUCUUCCAUUAUAGUGAAUAACAAACUGAAUUUCCUGUAUUGCAAAAUACCAGGCACUGGGGUGGAAGAUUGGGAGAAGCUAUUGGAGAUGCUGGUGGAGAGAGAAGAUGUUACACCGCCUAUGCCAGUCCCCUACCAGCAACAAUUUGGAACCUCUAAGAUGCUGAGUGAUUACAAUGUGACAUCAAUGAAGGCCAUGAUGAAAUCCUACACAAAAGUUAUUUUUAUCAGGGAGCCCUUCCAGAGACUCAUUUAUGCUUACAUGCAUGGCUUAGCAGAAGGUUUAACCUUUCAGGAGUUUAUUCAGUACAUCUUAGAGGGUGGAUCCAAGAAUACCAGUGUUGAAUGGACACCAUUAGUUAACCUGUGCCAUCCAUGCAUCAUCCUAUAUGACUACAUAGUGAUAUUUGGGUUGCUUGGCAGUGAAGUACGUCAUUUAAUCCUCCGGGCAGGGGUUCCAGAAAGCAUCCAGGUUCCUGAAUUCAUAGACUCAAAAAUUCGGUGGACCUACAGCUGGUUGGAAGAUCAAAUGUUCAAAGAACUCACUCUUGCACAGAAGAAACAGCUUUGCCAUUUUUUUCGGUUUGACUUCGCUGCUUUUCGUUUCCCCCACAGCUUACUCUGGGACUUCACUUGCAUUUCAGAAAGCAGUUAGGAAAAAAU